UAAUAAUGCUGAAUACAGGACAAAACGAGGACGGUCAGUAUUGGCCAGCAGAUGAUGAAACUCGAAAUUUCGGUCCGUUUGAGGUACGGCAUCAAUGGACGACGUCAGAUGCAGGAAAUCUUGUUCGACAGCUCAACCUAUCCUAUGAGAAAGGAGAGCAAAAGACUGAUCAGAUCGUGCGUCAGUUCUGUGUGAACCUAUGGAAGCCCGGUUCGGUGGUACCGGUCUCAGCAGAGCGGUUGAUCAACCUGCAGAAGACUGUUCAGGAGUGGCAGAGACAGAAUGACAACAGGCCCAUUAUCGUUCACUGCGUGAAUGGCGUGGACAAAACCGUACUGCUGUGUACCUGUUUCACUGUGUUGGAGAAACUAAAAGCGGAACACAUGAUCAGUGUACUGUACACUGUAAACACCAACCGGAAACACCGCCCCGGAGCUCUACCUAACUUGGAGCAGUAUGGAUUCUGCUAUGAAGUUGUUAGGACGUUCAUUGAGAGUUUCGAUACGUACGCCAACUUUGUCCCCUGAGCAAGGCCGACCUUUAAAAAGGG